GGAGUGUGGCGGCGCGUGGAGGCCGUGGCGGGGCGCGAGGCGGUGCUGCCCUGCGAGGUGGGUAACUUCGAGGCGUCAGACAUGGUGUACGUGGUGCUGUGGUACAGGAACGGCGCCAAGGAGCCCAUCUACAGCUACGACAAUCGGCCGGGCCGCCUGCAGCCCGCCGAGGAUCGCCACUUGGUCAAGAGUCGCCUGCUGCAGGGCCGCGCCACCUUCCGGCCGGGCCACCUGCCGGCGCUGCACAUCAAGCCGGUGGGGAGCAGCGACCAGGCCAACUAUACCUGCAGGGUAGACUUCCGGAUAGCCACGUCGCGGCGCACACACCUGAGUCUCCACGUGGUUGUGCCGCCGGAGCCGCCCGUCCUAAGGGCUGGGGGUCAGCGGGCGACGGACGGAGUGCUGGGGCCGCUGCAGGAGGGCGGCGCCUUGGAAAUCACCUGCAGCGUGGCGGGCGGCGACCCUCCGCCCUCCGUCUUGUGGAGGCGAGACGAGGAGGUCUUGGACUCCACGUCAGAGUCGCGGUCCCCAGCACUCACGGUCAACCGGCUCAGCAUCCUGCGGCUAACACGGGACUACCACAACGCCAGACUCACCUGCCUCGCUAUCAACAACAAUGUCACAAGCCCCGCCAGCGCCUCCGUCACCGUCAAAAUGAACUUGCGGCCCCUGGUGACGAGGAUAGAGGCCCCGCCCAAGUGGCUUCGGGUGGGCCGCGAGUUCGAGAUCUCGUGCGUCGUGGCGGGCAGCAGACCACACCCCAACGUGACCUGGACGCUCGGCACGCUCACCAGCCUCACGCCCCUGCCGGCGGAGACGGAGCACGGGGUCAACGUGAGCACUUCGCGCGUCAAAGUGGUCGCCUCCCGCCGCCACCACGGCCAGCGUCUCACCUGCACCGCCGUCAACCCGCUCGUCCCCAGCGCUGGACUCUCAGACUCCACGCUCCUCAACGUCACCUGUGAGUUCCGACACACCUGUUUUGACGCAACGCUCCUCUGCUUUCUCGUGUGGCUUCCUGCGUGUUGCAUCUGUUUUUCUCUACGUGUUCUUGUGUCUUAGCUGCAUGGCAUUAGCUUGUAUCUCCUGGUUGUGUGUGCUUUUUUAUAUGCAUAUUUGAUUGGCUCCUGUAAU